GGGACCCGCAGCGCCGCAGCGGCCCGGACGGGGCUGAACUGGAGCCGAACCGGGCGGUACCGGAGGGAACCGGGCUGGGCUAGGAUUUUUUUACCCCUCCACUCCCCCCCUCCCCAACCCCAUCCCCAUCCCCGGGCCCCUCAGGCGCUGCCCCGCAGCCCCCGCACCCCGCAGCCAUGCUGAUCAAGGAGUACCAUAUCCUGCUGCCCAUGAGCCUGGAGGAGUACCAGGUGGCCCAGCUCUACAUGAUCCAGAAGAAGAGUCGGGAGGAGUCGAGCGGGGAGGGCAGUGGGGUGGAGAUCUUGGCCAACAGACCCUACAGCGAUGGCCCGGGGGGCAGUGGCCAAUACACCCACAAAAUCUACCACGUGGGCUCCCACAUCCCCAGCUGGUUCCGGGCCCUGCUCCCUAAAGCUGCUCUGCAGGUGGAGGAGGAAUCCUGGAAUGCUUAUCCCUACACCCGCACCAGGUACACUUGUCCCUUUGUGGAGAAGUUUUCCAUCGAGAUUGAGACGUAUUACAGGCCAGAUGCUGGGCAGCAAACCAACAUCUUCAACCUGAGCGCAGCUGAGAAGAGGCAGAGGAUUUUGGACACCAUCGACAUCGUCCGGGACCCCAUCUCCCCCGGGGAAUACAAACCCGAGGAGGACCCCAAACUCUACCACUCAACCAAGACAGGCAGGGGACCCUUGGGGGACGACUGGCUGGAGGUGGCAGCUGGUGGCCCCCUGAUGUGUGCCUACAAGCUCUGCAAGGUGGAGUUUCGCUACUGGGGGAUGCAAUCCAAAAUCGAGCAGUUCAUCCACGAUGUUGGGCUGAGGAAGGUGAUGCUGCGGGCACACCGCCAGGCCUGGUGCUGGCAGGAUGAGUGGACGGACCUGACCAUGGAAGACAUCCGGCAGCUGGAGGAGGAAACGGCCAAGAUGUUGGCCCAGAAGAUGGCCAAGUGUGGUGGGGAAACUGAGGAAAAACCCAACGCUGAGCCCAGCUCUGCUGAGGGGCAGCUGGAGCUGGGGGAGACCAGCGGGCAGGAGGGGGCUGAGGUGACAGAGGUGGCCGGGGGCUCCCCUGAUGACUCCUUUGCCAAGCAGUGGUCAACAUCUUCCCGCUCCUCCUACUCGUCCCAGCAUGGAGGGGGGGUGUCUCCUCAGAGCCUGUCCGAGUGGCGGAUGCAGAACAUCGCCCGCGACUCCGAGAACAGCUCCGAGGAGGAGUUCUUUGAUGCCCACGAGGACCUGUCUGACAGCGACGAGGUCUUUGCCAAGGAGAUAACCAAGUGGAGCUCCAACGACUUCUUGGACACCCUGGAGCGUCCGGCGGAGCUGGAUGAGGUGCUGGGGGAUGGAGCCGGCGCUGCCAAGGUGGAUGGCGAAGGCUUGGGGACAUCUGCCUUCCCCGAGGGGGACUCUGUGGAGAGCGCGGCGCAGGCGUGCCGGAUCCACGUCCUCUUCCUCAUCCUCCACAGUGGCAACAUCUUGGACCAGGGAGGGGGGGAGCUGGGCUCCAAGCAGGCAGACGUGCAGACCCUGGCAGCCACCUUCGAUGCUGUCACCAGGGUUAACUUCCCCGAGGCCCUGGGACACGUGGCCCUGCGCCUGGUCCCCUGCCCACCCAUCUGUGCCGCUGCCUACGCCCUUGUCUCCAGGCUCAGCCCUUACAGCCACGACAAGGACAGUUUGUCCAGCAGCCAGGACCACAUCCCCCUGGCAGCCCUCCCUCUCCUGGCCACCUCCUCUGUCACCUACCAGCACGCCGUGGGUGCUGUCAUCACCCGGGCCAACCAGGCCUACGGCGCCUUCCUGCGCUCCGGGGAGGGAGUCGGCUUCUGCGGCCAGGUGGUGCUGCUGGGGGACUGUGUGGGCAGCAUCCUGGGCUUCGACGCGCUGUGCCAGAGCCGGGCGGGCGCCGGGGGCAGCCGCAGCAGCAGCCGCCGUGGCAGCCUGAGCACAGAGCCCGUUUCCCCGGAGCUGGGCGGCAGCCGGGACCCGCUGGCCGAGGGGAUGGAGGGAGCAGCAGGGUUGGGACAGGCCAGCCCUGAGCUGGGGACACAGCAAGGGGACAGCCACCAGCCCAGCUCUUCCUGUGGCCCGCAGGCCAGCGAGGCCCCUCCAGAGGCAGAGGGUGCCAGGAGUGGUCCUGGGGGGCUGGAGGGGGCUGAAGGCACCAGCACCCGCCUGGAAUUCAAGGUCUCGGGCUUCUUCCUCUUUGGCUCUCCCCUGGGACUGGUGCUCGCCCUGCGCAAGACUGUCAUGCCCACCCUGGAUGUGGCCCAGCUCCGUCCAGCCUGUGAGCAGAUUUACAAUCUCUUCCACGCCGCUGACCCCUGUGCCUCUCGCCUGGAGCCUCUCCUGGCCAAGGCUUUCCACGCCGUGCCCCCGCUCAGUGUCCCUCGCUACCAGAAGUACCCUCUGGGUGAUGGCACCUCCUCCCUGCUGGAGGAUGCUCUGCAGACACACUCUGCCCUCUUCCUGCCCGAGGUGGACGUAGCCGCCCCCCCGACCCCCACCAGCAGCUUCGGGGGCUUCUGGAGAGGCAAUGAGCCAGGAGAGCCCCCCAACCCCCCCGGCACCAGCGAGGUCGUCAAGAUCCUGGAGCGCUGGUGGGGCUCCAAACGCAUCGAUUACUCCCUGUACUGCCCCGAUGCUCUGACUGCCUUCCCCACCAUCACCCUGCCACACCUCUUCCAUGCCAGCUACUGGGAGUCCUCCGACGUGGUGGCCUUCAUCCUGCGCCAGGUGGUGGAGAAGGAGGGUCCUCAGCCUUCAGAGAGCGAGGAGAGCUCCAUCUACAGCCCCUCCAUCCCCAGGGAGAAGUGGCAGCGCAGACGCACCCCCAUGAAGAUCCGGAACGUGACAGCCAACCACCGGGCCAGCGAUGUCAUUGUGUGUGAGGGGAAGGCACAGGUCCUCAGUGGGCGCUUCACCUACGGACCCCUGGACGUGGUGACACUGACAGGGGAGAAGGUGGACAUCUACAUCAUGACACAGCCUCUCUCGGGGAAGUGGCUGCACUAUGGCACUGAGGUGACAAGCAGUGGGGGCCGUCUGACCUUCACCAUCCCCCAGGACAAGGCUUUGGCCAUCGGCAUCUACCCCGUGCGCAUGGUGGUCAGGGGGGACCACAGCUACGCCGAGGCCUAUCUGACCGUGGUGGCCCCGGGCACUGAGGCCGUGGUGUUCAGCAUCGAUGGCUCCUUCACCGCCAGCGUCUCCAUCAUGGGCAGCGACCCCAAAGUGCGGGCAGGGGCCGUGGAUGUCGUACGGCACUGGCAGGAUUUGGGGUACAUGAUCAUCUACGUGACGGGGCGCCCCGACAUGCAGAAGCACCGGGUGGUGGCCUGGCUCUCCCAGCACAACUUCCCCCACGGUGUCGUCUCCUUCUGUGACGGGCUCACCCACGACCCCCUGCGCCAAAAAGCUGCUUUCCUCCAGAGCCUGCGCUCCGAGGUGGAGGUCACCAUCAUGGCCGGUUAUGGCUCCACCAAGGACAUCUCUGUCUACAGCUCCCUGGGGCUGGCACCAGCACACAUCUACAUCGUGGGUCGGGCCGUCAAGAAGUUCCAGAACCAGUGCCAGUUCCUCUCGGAGGGCUACGUAGCCCACUUGGCUCAGCUGGAGGCGGCGGCGCUGGCCCACUCCACCCAGGGACCCCCCAGACCCGUGCUGGGCAAAGGCACCUAUGGCUGCCCGGCCCCCGUCGACUUCCUCCGCAAGCAGAGUCAGCUCCUGAGGUCCCGGGGCUCCAGCCAGGCCGAGAGGGACACGGGGCCACCACCGGGACCCUCUGGGCUACCCCGGGCCAAGCCCCGCAGCAUCAGCCUCAAGCUGGAGGGUGAGGAGUGAGGGUGACGUGGCCACCGUCCCCUCUCUGCCACAACCUUCCUUCCCCAGCCAGGAGCAGCUGGGACCCUGUGAGGGGUCCUGAGUUGUCAGGAAGGAGAUGAGGGUGCUGGGUCCCCCAGACACAGUGCUCAGAGCUUCCCUUCCCCCCCUGGGGGGCCAGAGCCACCCCCUGGGGGCUGAGCCCACCCCGGGUUGCCUCCAGUCUUUCCCCCCCCCCCAGGUCCUUUGGGGCUGCAGAGCUGCUGCUGGGCAGUGCCUGGUGGGGUUUGCCCCCUCCCCAAGGAGCCAAGGUGCUGGGGGGACACCAGAGUUGUGCCCCAGGGCCAGCAGCACCCCCCCUGCUCCCCGUUAUUUAUUUCCCUCGGGUGUUGCCAGGCGUGGGGCAGGAGGCAGUGGGUCAGUGGGUCAGUGGGUGGUUCCUCUCUUCGUUUCGUGGCGGUGUGAAAUAAAAACCAACCUCAAGACGAGGUGCUGCCCCCACGUCUGCUCUCUACCCAGCACAGGGGCUUGUCCCCUGGCCACCAAAAACCCCCCGGGGACACGCAGAGAGGUGACCCAGGGUGCAGCAGUUGGGGCAGAGGCAAUUUGGGAGCCCUCUGGGGGGGGGUUUGGGGUGGGCUCAGCUGCCAGCUCCUGCUUUGAGCUCUGCGUGUGUCAGAGCUGCUUUGACCUCCUGAGCCCAGGAGGGGUUUCCAGGCUCUGAGAUUUCCUUUAGCAGCUCCAACACCCCCAGGACCUGGAGCACAAGCCAGGAGUCACCUGUGCAGUGAAUUUGCAAGGCCUCAGGGCCAGGCUUCCUCCUCCUGCCCUGCUUGAAGGGCUUUUUUUUCCACCUCACUCACUUCUGAACAGCAGUUUUUUGGGGUGUUGUUUUUUUUUUUUAAGUGACCAAGUCACUAGUUUGCGUUCUUUUUUUUUUUACUUCCACUUUAUCUUGGCAUGGCACAACCAGAGUUUUAUAUAGGUAGCAAUAACGAGCAGUUAUUCUAUAUAAAAUACUUCCGACGCUGUGGGAUAGAGGAAACGUGGUCCUGGG